ACUACUCAGGAUAUCCUGGCUUUGAAAUACAAAAUUAUCCUCGCCUCACCAGAGAUGCUGCAGUCGCGGACCUUCAUCGACCGUAUCCUUCGGAACUCGAAGUUCACACGCAACAUCAUCUCGCUUGUCGUUGACGAAGCGCACUGUGUGUCGCAUAAUCAUUGGGGAGCGGAUUUUCGGAAGAAAUACGCGUCGCUGGGUGUCAUCCGUGCGUUCUUGCCACGCGGAACACCUGUCAUCGCUGUCACUGCGACCCUUACUGGACGUGUCCUCAGAGACAUUCAGAGUAAACUCCACUUCCCAAAAGGAGGUAGUCGCUUCAUCAACAUGGGCAACGAUCGCUCGAAUGUUGCCCUCGUUGUCCGUGCCGCCGAACACCCGUUUGACACCUACCGGGACCUUGAAUUCGUCAUCCCGCAGUCAGCCAAACAAGCAAGUGACAUACCAAAAACAUGGAUCUACGUGGACAACAUCAAUACGGGCACGGAGAUCAUCGGCUACCUCGUCAAGGAGGUCCGGAGCCGUACGUCCGCAGACCCCGACACCACCUUGUCAGCGGAUAUCAUCCCGCCGUUCAGUGCGACACUCUCACCUGAAUACCGCACGGCCGCAAUGGCCGCAUUCCGUGAGGGUUCCAUUCGUAUCAUGAUCUGCACCGAGGCUGCAGGCAUGGGCUGCGACAUUCCCGACAUUGACGUUGUCGUGCAGUGGAAGCUCCCGGUAACAUUCUCGAAUUUUGUUCAGCGUGCAGGUCGCGCAGCAAGGGGGCGAGGGCGGCAUGGCCUCGCCGUCCUGAUUGUUGAGCGCACUGCCUACUCUGCAGAUCUAUUAGCAUCGCAGAGUACUGACGAGUCAGCGAUGAACAAUGCGAACAAGAAAGGAAAGACCUUGGCAGUACGCGGACGCAAGCGCAAAACUGGCCCACAAGUCAAAGCCGGCAAGGAUUACGCGGACUUGCACGGUGUGAACCGAGGUAGCUCGUCUAGGAAGGACGCAUCUCCGCAAGGCAAGCAGCCUCCGCUCGAUCCCGAGUCUCUUGACGAAGGCCUGCACACGUUUGUGCAGAGUACUCACUGUAGACGGCGUGUCUGGGCCGAGGUUUUCGAGAGCCCAUACAAACUGGCUUCCGGUCCUUGCUGCGACAUAUGCGACACGACUCUGUUCGAUCGCACACGUCUGACUGCUGCGACAAAGGCUGCGAAGGCUGGAAGAAUGCCUCGAGGCCUGCCUGAUGUCAAGACCCAGCUCAGCCUGUACGAAUGGCGAGACAGAAUCUUUACUCGCGAUCAUGCGAAGGCGCAGUACGACUCGACGUCCAUUUUGGACGAUGCGACGGUUGAACGCCUGGCAUCCGCCGGCUCUUUGCCGCGCGACACCCUCACGGCGAUCCUCAAGUCGACCUGGAUAUGGUGGGACAAGUAUGGGACGGAGCUAAUGUCCCAUAUGGAAUCGCUUGACGUC